AUGGGCGACGCCAACAAUACCCCGCCCUCCGGGGCCACCCCGAAGAAGAGCCUCAUCGUCAACGCCUUUGUCGAGAUGUGCAGUGGCCACCAGUCCCCCGGUCUCUGGCGCCAUCCUGACGAUCAGUCUCACAACUUCAACUCAACGAAGCAUUGGGUUGAUCUCGCAAAGCUCCUCGAGAAGGCAAAGUUCCACGGCGUCUUCAUUGCCGAUGUCCUGGGUGGCUAUGACGUCUACAACAAGUCGCUCGAGCCAGCCAUCACGUCUGGUGCGCAGUGGCCCGUCAAUGAGCCAUUGGCGGUUGUGUCAGCCAUGGCGGCCGCGACGGAGAGCAUCGGGUUCGGUGUUACAGUGUCCACGACCUAUGAGCAGCCAUAUCACCUUGCUAGGAGACUCGCAACAUUGGAUCACCUGACGGGAGGACGCUACCUCGACUCGGCCGCGAAGAACAUGGGUCUCACCGAACAGCCCCAGUUCGCUGCGCAGCACGCCGAAGCCGUCUUCGUGUCGGCCCACGCGCCCGCCGUGUGCGCCAAGAACGUGGCCGAGAUUCGCGCCCUCGCCGAUUCCGGCUACGGGCGCAACGGCAAGGACAUCAAGGUGCUCGCGCUCGUGACGCCCAUCCUCGGGCGCACGGAGGAGGAGGCGCAGGCCAAGCUCGCCGACUACAGGCAGUACGCGUCGCUCGAGGGCGCGCUGGCGCUGUUUGGCGGGUGGACGGGCAUCGAUCUUGGCCAGUACGGCGACGAGCAGGAGCUGCGCCAGGUCGAGAGCAACGCCGUACGGUCGACGGUGGAAGGGUAUGCCCGAUUCUCGCCCGGCACGGCCAAGUGGACCAAGCACACGAUUGCUGAGCAUGUGAGCAUCGGCGGCAAUGGGCCUGUGCUUGUCGGUACGGCGGAACAGGUGGCUGAUGGUCUGGAGACUUGGGUGCGGGAGGCGGAUGUUGAUGGCUUCAACUUUUCCUUUGAGGACAUCAUUGAGCUGCUGCUGCCCGACUGCGCAGCGCCGGCCUCUUCUGGACGACUACGCCGUACGGCGGGCACAUACCGCGAGACUUCUACCGACGUGAGGGCCAAAAGCAGCUCUGGAUGA